ACCCUCCCCUUUCCUAUCCAAUGGAGGCCUGAAGCCGUUUGUCCCUUCUUUCCCCGAGAAUGAGACCCCAAGGGUUAAAUCAACAGAGCUGCAUUUGCACAGAGAGGCCUGGACAGCUGAGAAGGAAGCUGCCCAUGGCCUUUUCCUGUAGCUGAUAGUAAACUGGGUGGUUUGUGGGGCUUCCUACCCCUUCGUGGGGUUUUUUUAAAAAAAUAUAUUUAAAAUAUUGCUAGCCUCUGGGCAAUUUGGACUGCAGAGAUUUCUUGCAAAGGAAGUUGCAUCACCAAGGCGGCUGCUGGCUGGUGCAGGGAAAGAGAAAGAGAACGCUUUUGAGUGACACCGCAGCGAUUUUUCUGUGAAAUGGAGAACUGGGUUCAGGAUCGAGGGCCAGAGAUCUGUGCUCAGGUCGUGGCCCUGGCAGAGGAUUUCCUACUGAGGCAGCAGGAGAAAGAGAGAUGGGGUGUGCAGGCGUUGGCCACAGACCUUUCUGAUACUGAGCUGCCUCCCUCAGACACUGAGCAGGAGCAGAGCUUAAAGCAGGAAGAUGAGGACACGGUUUCACUCGCAGGUGAUGGAAAGGAGGGUGAGAUUGAGGAGGACGACAACCUUGUGCAGGAAGAUUCUGAGGCAGACGGCACGUCUCUUGGAGGAGACAACUGGGACAUCCUUGAGACCGGAGAAACAUCUGGAAGCCGCCAGGGCUCAGAUGGCCACAAGAAACAGAAGGACAUCCCUAUUCCGCCGUAUGACCAGGACCCCUGGGAUCUGAAAGAGCCCAGGAUCCGGGCAAGGAUCUACAACUAUGGGGGGUUGAAGAUGUGCAUGGACUGUGGGAAAACCUUCAAGCAGAGCUCGAGCUUGUACAGGCACCGGAGACUUCACACUGGAGAGAAACCAUAUGGCUGCCCAGAGUGUGGCAAAAGUUUCAGCCGGAAGUCCCACCUCAUUGCACACGAGAGAACCCACACAGGGGAGAAGCCCUACGACUGCGCAGAGUGUGGCAAGAGCUUCAGCCGGAAGUCCCACCUAAUCACGCAUGAGAGGAUCCACACAGGGGAGAAGCCGUACAAAUGUGGGGAGUGUGGGAAAUGCUUCAGCCAGAGCUCAGCCCUCGUGGCUCAUGAGAGGUCCCACACCGGUGAGAAACCCUUCACCUGCCCAGACUGCGGGAAGAACUUCCACCGAAGGUCGGGCCUUUCGGCGCACGAGAGGACCCACACGGGGGAGAAGCCGUACAAAUGCACAGAAUGUGGGAAGAGUUUCAGCCAGAGCUCAGGCCUUCUGGCCCAUGAGAGGACCCAUACUGGAGAGAAGCCGUACCGGUGCACCGAGUGCGGGAAAAGCUUUUGCGAACGCACAGCUCUCGUUAGACAUUUGAGAACCCACACGGGGGAGAAACCAUACACGUGCACAGAGUGUGGGAAGAGCUUCAGCCAGAGCUCGGGUCUCCUGGCACACGAGCGCACCCACACAGGAGAGAAACCAUACAAAUGCUCUGACUGUGGGAAGAGCUUUGGGCACCGCUCUGACCUUCUACGACAUCAGAGAAUCCUCAAAAGAGGGAAGCCAUAUAAAUGCUCUGAGUGCGGGAAAUGUUUUGGCCGGGGCUCCGAUCUCCUCCAGCACCAGCAAAUCCACACAGGAGAGAAGCCAUAUAAAUGCUCCCACUGUGGGAAGUGUUUCAGCUGGCGGUCAAAUCUUAUUAAGCAUGAGAGAAUCCACACAAAGGUGAAAACUUACAAAUGCGCAGCCUGGAAAGGAAACAAGCCUCCGUCAAGCCCAAGAAGCCUCUAUUCCCUUGUGAAAGUGAAGGAAGAGAUUGUGGACAAGGGCGCCAUCAUCCAAUUCUGCUACCAGGAGGCUGAGGAACCUCACCAGGGACCCAAGCCUUUGAACGAUGUGGCUGUUAUUCUCCCCAAGUCAAAGCAGGUACCAUUAGACAUAGUGGAACCCACCAUGGAAGUCAAGCAGGAAGCUGACAGGGAGGCCAACUUGCUAGCAUGGAAGAAUGAGGAGACAGAAGAAUCCGAACUCUCAAGCCUUGGAAGAAGAUGGUUGAGCACAACCCAAGAGAGAGACUUUCAGAUUGCUGAGCCAGAAGAGACCCCUGGAUGUCAGUUGGACCCAGAAGAAUACUGUGGGAAGCAUCCGGAGAAGGCAGCCGAAGAGGUCUCUUUCUGUGAGAGGGGUGAUAGAGGACUGUCUCAAAGUACCUUCCAAAAUGGAAGCCACAGCAGGCAUAGGAGGAAAAUGAGAGCCACUGAGGGCAGCAGAAAUCUCCGCCAAAACACUGACUCCCUUGAAAGUAUGGAAGUAGAAAGGGAGGGCAAGCCUUAUGCAUGUGUUUACUGCGGGAGAAGUUUCAACGAGAGUUCAUCGUUAAUUAUACACCAGAGAGCCCACGCGGGAGAGAGGCCCUACAGAUGUUCAGAUUGUGUAGAAAGCUUUGCAGAGAGAGGAGACUUUAGGAAGCACACUUUGGCUCACAUGGAUGACAAGCCAUAUGAAUGCUCGCACUGUGGGAAAAGUUUCCACAGCAACUCUCACCUCCGAGCCCAUAUGAGAAUCCACACUGGGGAGAAACCCUUCGACUGCACUCACUGUGGAAAGACUUUCGGCACUAGCUCACAUCUGAAGAGGCACGUUCGGGUGCACACCGGGGAGAGCCCUUUCACAUGCGUCGAGUGCGGGAAAAGCUUCACUCAGAAGCCGUCCCUUAUUAAACACAAGAGAACCCACACGGGAGAGAAGCCUUACGAAUGCCCUGAGUGCGGCAAGAGCUACCGGGAUAGCUCUUGCCUGCUGAGGCACAUCAGGGCCCACACGGGCGAGAAACCCUAUCAGUGCUCAAGCUGCGAGAACCGGUUCAUCCAGAGGUCGGAUCUCAUCCGGCACGAGGGGACACACACCGGAGAGAAACCAUACGAGUGUUCAGUGUGCGGGAAAGCCUUCGGUCAGAAAGGGUCGCUUGUGAAACAUGAGGGCAUGCACACGGGGAAGAAUCUCUAUGAAUGCUUGGACUGUGGGAAGAGUUUCAGCCGGAAACAAUCUCUGGUUAGGCACAAGAGGACUCACGCGGGAGAAAGACCGUACAAAUGAACCGUUUGCGGCAAAGGCAUCAGCACUGGUGCUUACCUGGCAAUACAUGAAAGAGUGCAUACUGGGGAGAAGCCAUACAAGUGCUCAGAGUGCAGGAAAAGCUUCUGUCGGAAACCAUCCCUCGUUACGCACAAGAGAAGCCAUACGGAAGGGAAGCCGAAUGGCUGCUCAGUGUAAGGCCUAUUCUGCAUCAGGCCUUUAAAACAAUUGAACGGUUUUGCCACAAAACAUCCUUGGAACUGUAGUUUGUGAAGGGUGCUGAAAGCUUUUAGGAGGCCCCUAAUUCUCCUCGCAGGCCUCAGAUUCCCAGAGUGGCUUUAAAAACAGGUCCCUUUUCCCAGGGAACUCUGGGAAUUGUAGCUCUGUGAGGGGAAUAACUCUCAGUCAGCACCCUUAAUAGUUUCCAGGAUUCUUUGGGGGAAACCAUGGCUGGCAAAGUGGAACGAGAGUGCAUUAAAUGUCUGGGGCCUAAGGUACAGAUUGGAAACCAUGGCCCUCCAGAUGGUGCUGGACUCACAUUUCUUUUGGCUACGCUGGCUGGAGCCAAGGGGAGAUGGGAGGCUGUGGGCCUCUGAAUGGCAGUUGCCAUGAAUCACAGGUGGGAAGAGUGCUGUUAUGCUCAGGUCCUGCUCGCAGGCUUCCCAGGGGAAUCUGGUUGGCCCCCCUGAGAACAGGAUGCUGGACUACAUGGGCCUUUGGUCUCAUCCAGCAGGCCUGUUAUGUUCUCAUGAGCUGGGAGGAUCCCUAUUUCAGCUUCUAAGGGGUGGGAGAAGUUUCAGUUUCAUUCCAGAGCCUAUGGAACACAAAAAUAACCACCUGGGAAGAGGGCUGAGUUAAUAAACGUGUCCCGAGGGAGAGACAA